UUGUAGGUCCCGUUUCGUUUCGUUUGUGUGGAGAGCGAGGCGUCGCGGGUGCGUGGGUGCGCUGUCUGGUACUUUGUUAAGGAUUAUCUAUGGUUCAGAUUUACUGCACCAUUUCCCCGUUAUACUAGAGUCACUUAUUCCACACCCAACCGUUGCGUGUGCUUCGUUUUGGUCGAUGCGGGUUAUCUAGUCAACUUUUACUCUUUGGUUUGUUACAAGAAGCCCGCGUUCGGACGGUUUGCGAAGCCUCACCAUGGCUGCGGCGGCGGUGUCCAGUAAGCCGGAGGAGCUGCAGGUGGCCAUCGGGCCCAAGGACCUAGAGCUGAACGUGAAGAAGAUCAUCGUCCACCCGCUGGUGCUGCUGAGCGUGGUCGACCACUUCAACCGCAUGAGCAAGAUCGGCAACCAGAAGCGCGUGGUGGGCGCGCUGCUGGGCAGCUGGCAGAAGAAGGGCGUGCUGGACGUGUCCAACAGCUUCGCCGUGCCGUUCGACGAGGACGACAAGGACAAGUCGGUGUGGUUCCUCGACCACGACUACCUGGAGAGCAUGUACGCCAUGUUCAAGAAGGUGAACGCGCGCGAGAAGAUCGUCGGCUGGUACCACACAGGUCCGAAGCUGCACCAAAACGACGUGACCAUCAACGAGCUGAUCCGGCGGUACUGCUCCGACUCGGUGCUGAUCAUCAUCGACGCCAAGCCGAAGUCGAUCGGGCUGCCGACCGAAGCGUACGUGGCGUACGAGGAGGUGCACGACGACGGCACGCCCACCUCGAAGACGUUCGAGCACGUGCCGACCGAGAUCGGCGCGGAGGAGGCGGAGGAGGUGGGCGUCGAGCACCUGCUGCGCGACGUGAAGGACACCACGGUCGGCACGCUCUCGCAGCGCAUCACCAACCAGCUGGUGGGCCUCAAGGGUCUGCUCGGCCAGAUCCGCGGCAUCCGAAACUACCUGCAGCAGGUGGUGGACGGCAAGUUGCCUGUCAACCACCAGAUCAUCUACGCGCUGCAGGACAUCUUCAACCUACUGCCCAACAUCACACAUGGCGACCUGGUCAAGUCGCUGUAUGUCAAGACUAACGACCAGAUGUUGGUCGUGUACUUGGCGUCCAUGAUCCGCUCGGUGAUCGCGCUACACAAUCUGAUCGACAACAAACUCACCAACCAGGACGUGGAGAAGAAGGAGUCGCAAGGCAACAAAAAGGACAAGCAGGGCGACAAGGACAAGGACAAGGAGAAGGAGAAGGGUGACGAUAAAAAGGAUGAGAAGGAGAAGAAGGACGUGAAGAAGUGAUUUGAUGGCGUGCAAGUGUAAUGUUUGAUUCGCUCUGAACUCAUCUGAGGCCUGGUGACGUGAGCGUUUGGGUCUUGAGCUCGUGUGGCCCAGGUUCCCGGGCUCCUGGGCUUUGCUGGCUACCGAUUGUGACUGAUUGUAACUGCGGUAUAAAAGCAAAACGUCUGGACAUUGCCACCUCUAUAAUUUUAUGUUCAAAUCUCGUUUCAUGCCGGCUCAUUGCAAUGAUCGCUGAACUGUUUCGCGGUGAGCCCGUCACCGAUGAUCCUGGCUGAGCGUGUCUCGCACUUCCUCGUGGUGUUGCCAACCGCUGCGCCGGUCGACGCAUAUGAUUGGGUCGGACAUUUUUUGUUUGUAAGCGAGCCUUUUCUAAGCGCCCAAAUAUAGACCUCAUUGUUC